AUGGGAUCAUUAUAUAAUGGCGAUAAAAGUUAUAAACACAUGUUCAAAAUUGUACUCACAGGUGAUCAGGGAGUAGGAAAAAGUCAAUUAUUAUCACGAUUUACUAAAAAUGAAUUUUGUUUGGACGGUGCAUCGACAAUUGGCAUAGAAUUUUCUACAAAAGAAGUUCAAAUUAAUGGAAAUAUUAUAAGAACACAAAUAUGGGAUACAGGUUCCGGUCCCGUAAAAAGUCUCGCGGGAUCGGGAUGGGUCAAAGACUGGAACGGUUCCGCAGACCUCCAGUUUAAACAUCAUAUUUCUAAACUGGAAUUUUCUUUUGUUGAAGCUGGUCAAGAACGUUUCAUGGCGAUUACAAAACCAUAUUAUCGAAAUGCUUUUGGUGCCCUUCUUGUCUUCGACAUACAACGUUCACAGACAUUUGAACAUCUUGAUCGAUGGUAUAAUGAAAUUUGUGAAAAUGCUGGCGCUAACUGUUGUAUACUCCUAGUAGGAAAUAAAUGUGAUCAACACCAUAUGCGAGAAGUGAUGUCAGAAGAUGCCCAAAAUUAUGCAUCGGAAAGGAACAUUCAGUACAUGGAAACAUCAGCAUUAGAUGCAACAAACGUUGAGCAAGCAUUUCUUCUACUUAUUCAAGAUAUCUAUAAACGUUACGCGAAACGAACCACAAAUGAAAUAGAAUCAAAUUGGACAUUAGGUUCACCAACUUUUACCCUACCGCAGCAGCAUAAUAAGCCACAGCCAAAAGAGUAUUCAUGUUGUUAA